UUUCACACUCGAUAAAUGAUAUAAAGCACGAAAACACUUUUUAUUUCGAAUGAUGACAUCGUUCAGCGAUGAAAAUGUGGAUAAAACUACUCCGUUACUUUCUUCUCAAAGAAUUUCUUCAGUUCGAAAAAAGCUUCCAUAUCCAAAGGCCGCAUUGUUCAUUUUGCUGCUUCCAUUUGGAAUUUACUUUUUUUAUGCUUCAUUAUUAAACAUUCUUAUUUUAUAUUUCACCCAAGAACUUUUGUACGACGAUAACGAAGCAACUAAUAUAUAUCACACUUUUUCUAUGGCGACAUUUUUUGUAAGCCUGUUAGGUGCAGCACUGGCUGACACUGUGUUAGGAAAAUUCAGAACAAUAAGUUACAUGUUAAUUUUAACUGUGUUUGGAUGCGUAAUCCUCACUAUGGCUUCUGUCCCAAAUUUUCUUCCAAUGAGAUUGACGACUAUGGUUAGUUUAGUAGUGAUAACUAUUGGAACAGGAGCAGUACAACCUUGUCUUCGUGUGUUUGGAGGAGAUCAGUUUCAAGCAAAUCAGAAAAUAGAAUUACGCAGAUUUUUUUCUCAUUUUUCCAUUUCCUUGAGAUUUGGGACGAUGCUGUCGAUGAUCCUAGUGCCUAUUUUUAGAGCUAAGGUUCAUUGUUUUGAAGAGUCGACGUGCUACCCUUUAGCUUUUGGUUUUAAUUUAGUUAUACUUACACUUACUUUAGUUAUUUUUUUAAUUGGAUAUCCCACUUAUAAAAUUAAUCCCAUUUCUGGAAGUGUAUUGCUGAAUGGAAUCAAGUGCAUAACGCAUGCAGUUGCAAGGAAAAUUAAGUUGAGGAAAGUGGUGAUCAAAAACCAUUGGUUGGAUUAUGCGGAUGAUAAAUUCAAUUCUCAAACAAUUUUUGAUAUAAAAGUAACUCUUCGAGUUUUGUUGAUAUUAUUGACAUCGUCUGUAAUUAUUGCUUUAACGCUUCUGAGGGGGUCGAGUUUUAUAUUACAAGCGACAAAACUACAAAAUACAGUGUUAGGCUUCAAGAUAGAACCAGACCAACUCUCAAUAUUAUUGCCAAUAAUAGGCAUUUUGUGCGUUCCUGUAUUUGAAUACGUUGUGUAUCCCAUCUGCAAUAAGUGUAACUUGCUAAACAGUACUUUGCAGCGGAUAAUUUUCUCCAGUGUUUUAAUUUUAUUGGCGUACGCUGCAGCCGGAUUUCUUCAGUUAUCAAUAGAGAAAAAUUCAUCAAACUGCGAUUUCAAAAAUAAUCUUAUUUUUUUAAAUAAAAGCACUCCAUGUGAAAUGCAUCUGGGAAUCCGUUUAAAUUCAACCGUAAGGAAUGGUACGCAGGAUUGGAGGCAAGACAAUACAUUAGAAUGCAAACCUCUGUCCAUCAUGCUUCAAAUUCCUCAAUACGUAUUGCUGUCAAUUGGAGAGAUAGUACAUGCCAUUAGUCUUAUAGAAUUUGCAUAUAACGAAGCUCCCGAAAAUAUGAAAUCUACUGUUCAAGCUUUUCUUUUCCUGAAUGCGGCGUUUGCAAAUUUCAUAAUUCUCAUUAUUCAGCAAUUAAAAUUUUUAACUGAAGAGUCUUACAAAUUAUUUUUUUAUUUCGGCCUGGGGAUUUUGGAUAUUACUGUUCUAAUAGUUUUGUCAUACAACUAUAAAUACAGAAAUGACGUUAUAGGAUUUGAAUCUCCGUCAACAAAGAUAAGACGAAUGCCAUAGAAACGAACAAUGUCUUUUAAAUAACAAGCUAUUCUCUAUUGUAAUAUUUGUGUAAAGAUAUAAAUUUUAUAUCUUAUAAGUACAGCACA